GCCGCCAGGUGACAGCUAAUGGCGGCGGCCGCCUGAGCCGGCGGGCGGCGCGGCGCGGCACGGCACGGCGGCGGGCCCUUCCGGGCGCCGCUCCCAACUCGCUGCGGCUUCCCCGCGGCGACGGGCCCGGCGCACCAUGGACAGGCCGGCGACGGCGGCAGCCGCGGCAGCGGCGGGCAGCGAGGGCGGCGGGGGCCCGGGCCCGGUGCCGGCGGGCGGCAGGAGGCCUCCUCGGAGCUCAGGGGCCUCUGCCGCCGGCUCCCGACAGCCCAGCAUGGAGACCCUGGACAGUCCUACAGGAUCACAUGUUGAAUGGUGUAAACAGCUUAUAGCUGCUACAAUUUCUAGUCAGAUUUCAGGUUCAGUGACAUCAGAAAAUGUAUCCAGAGACUACAAGGUUUUCAGGAGGCCUGAUAUAAGGGCGCUAAGAGAUGGAAAUAAACUGGCCCAGAUGGAAGAAGCGCCACUUUUUCCAGGAGAAUCAAUCAAGGCCACUGUGAAAGACGUCAUGUACAUUUGUCCAUUUGUGGGAGCAGUGACUGGAACCCUAACAGUGACGGACUUUAAGAUGUACUUCAAAAGUGUCGAGAGGGAGCCGAAUUUUGUUCUUGAUGUUCCCCUUGGUGUGAUCAGCAGAGUUGAGAAGAUUGGAGCGCAGAGCCACGGGGACAAUUCCUGUGGUAUAGAGAUCGUGUGCAAGGAUAUGAGGAACUUGCGACUUGCUUAUAAACAGGAAGAACAGAGUAAACUUGGGAUAUUUGAGAACCUCAACAAAUACGCGUUUCCUCUUUCCAAUGGGCAGACUCUCUUUGCAUUCAACUACAAAGAAAAAUUUCCAAUAAACGGAUGGAAGGUUUAUGAUCCAGUAUCUGAAUAUAAGAGACAGGGCUUGCCAAAUGAGAGCUGGAAAAUAUCCAAAGUGAACAGUACCUAUGAGCUCUGUGACACCUACCCUGCUGUCAUUGUCGUGCCAACUAGUGUAAAAGAUGAUGACCUUUCAAAAGUGGCAGCCUUUCGAGCAAAAGGCAGAGUCCCCGUGUUAUCAUGGAUUCAUCCAGAAAGUCAGGCAACGAUUACCCGUUGCAGCCAGCCACUUGUGGGUCCCAAUGAUAAACGCUGCAAAGAAGAUGAAAAAUACUUGCAAACAAUAAUGGAUGCUAACGCACAGUCUCACAAACUUAUCAUCUUCGAUGCCCGACAAAACAGUGUCGCUGAUACCAACAAGGCUAAGAGUGGGGGGUACGAAAGUGAAAGUGCUUACCCCAACGCGGAGCUUGUAUUCUUGGAUAUCCACAACAUUCAUGUGAUGAGAGAGUCCCUGCGUAAACUGAAAGAGAUCGUGUACCCCUCGAUCGAUGAGGCACGGUGGCUCUCCAAUGUGGAUGGGACACACUGGCUGGAGUAUAUAAGGAUGCUUCUUGCUGGGGCAGUAAGGAUUGCUGAUAAGAUAGAGUCUGGGAAAACUUCGGUGGUGGUGCAUUGCAGCGACGGCUGGGACCGAACAGCUCAGCUGACCUCUCUGGCAAUGCUCAUGUUGGACAGUUAUUACCGCACCAUUAAAGGCUUCGAGGCUCUUGUAGAAAAGGAGUGGAUAAGCUUCGGACAUAGGUUUGCACUGAGAGUGGGCCAUGGCAAUGACAACCAUGCGGAUGCUGACCGGUCCCCUAUAUUUCUUCAGUUUAUUGAUUGUGUUUGGCAAAUGACAAGACAGUUUCCUUCAGCAUUCGAGUUCAAUGAACUGUUCUUGAUCACGAUUUUGGAUCACCUCUACAGCUGUCUCUUUGGGACCUUUUUGUGCAACUGUGAACAGCAGCGACUCAAAGAGGAUGUGUAUACGAAGACUAUAUCCUUAUGGUCAUAUGUCAAUAGCCAGCUUGAAGAAUUUUCUAAUCCUUUCUUUGUGAAUUAUGAAAACCAUGUCUUAUAUCCCGUUGCUAGUCUGAGUCAUCUGGAACUAUGGGUAAACUAUUAUGUGCGAUGGAACCCACGAAUGAGACCUCAGAUGCCCAUUCACCAGAAUCUCAAGGAGCUGCUGGCCGUCAAGGCGGAGCUGCAGAAGCGGGUGGAGGACCUGCAGCGGGAGGUGGCCACGCGGGCCUCGUCCUCGUCCGAGCGGGGUUCUUCGCCUUCCCACCCCGUCACCCCUGUCCAUACCUCCGUCUGACGGCUUCCGGAGGGCGGCGCUUUGGGCCACUCUAGUCUGCGCGGAUGUCCUGCUGGGCGGCUCAGGCAGGGGACUGCAGCUUGUGAUCCGGUCUUCUAGGCUUGGGCCCGCCGUCCUCCACGUCCGGAAGGCACUUCCAACCAGUGACCUGUGUGUGGCUAGGUGACCGCUCCCACUGUCAUCAAGUGCUUUUUGUUUCGUGACCUGUGCCCCUCUCACCACUGGUUUCUGGCGGUGGCCACCUGUUGCACCAACCCUGUGAACCGCCCGCCAGGUCCCGGCAGCUCAGGAGGGAGGAGGUGACCGGUGCUGGGGGGG